AUGUCUCUUGAUAUUCCCUCUGCGCCAAAUUCUAAUCUCUUUAAGAAAGGAUAUCAGAACUAUGAUUCCGAAGAUGGCGCCGUCCUCCGUAAUAUCGAUGCUUGUCGAACGAUCACAUCCACAGUCCAGACAUCGCUGGGUCCAUAUGGACGAAACAAAAUUGUCAUAAAUCAUUUGCAGAAAAUGAUUCUGACAUCUGAUGCCGCCACUAUUCUGAAAGAACUUGAUGUUGUCCAUCCAGCUGCCAAAUUAGUUGUGAUGGCAAGUCAACAGCAAGAAGCGGAGAUGGGAGACGCCACAAAUCUCGUGAUUGUUUUAGCUGGAGAAUUACUUAAGAAAGCCGAAGAGUUAUUACGAAUGGGGCUGAAGACCAGCGAUGUCAUUCGAGGUUACGAAAUGGCACAGAAGUUUGCUCUUGAGGAACUUGAGAACUUGGUAGUAGACAAAGUGGAGGAUAUCAGAUCCCAGUCCGAGCUGAGCAAAGCUAUCCGGACAGUCAUCGCCAGCAAGCAGAACGGACAUGAGGACUUUCUGGCGGAUAUGGUCGCGGAGGCUGUUCUUGCUGUUCUUCCAAAGAACCCAAUCAAUUUCAAUGUCGAUAACAUUCGUGUGGUUAAAAUCAUGGGUGGUAGUUUGGAUCAGAGUAAAGUAGUCAAGGGUAUGGUCUUUGGGCGGGAACCUGAUGGAUCAGUCAAGAAGGUGGUACGUGCGAAGGUUGGCGUCUUUACAUGCCCAAUCGACACGAGUCAAACUGAGACGAAGGGAACGGUUUUGUUGCAUAAUGCGAAGGAAAUGCUCGAUUUUACCAAGGGUGAAGAGAGCCAGCUCGAAACUGCCAUCAAAGAGCUAUUCGAUUCGGGUUUACGAGUAGUAGUUGCUGGAUCAACGGUGGGAGAACUUGCAAUGCAUUACUUGAACCGUUUUGGAAUUCUUGUCAUCAGAAUCCUCAGCAAGUACGAUAGGAUGCGAUUAUGUCGUGUCGUUGGCGCAACGCCUUUGGCGAGGUUAGGAGCACCGAUGCCCGAUGAGAUGGGAACUAUUGAUGUUGUUGAGACACUCGAGAUUGGUGGAGACAGAGUCACUGUCUUCAGACAAGAAAACGAGGUCACAAAAACCGCGACUCUAGUCAUCAGAGGUGCAACGCAGAAUCAUCUUGAUGAUAUUGAAAGGGCUGUUGAUGACGGCGUCAACGUUGUGAAAGCCAUCACAAGAGAUCCAAGACUGGUCCCUGGUGCUGGCGCUACAGAAUUACAACUAGUGGAGCGGAUAGGCGCCUUUGGGGAUAGGACUCCUGGUAUUGCACAGUACUCUAUCCGCAAAUUCGGAGAAGCUUUCGAAGUGAUUCCCCGCACACUGGCAGAGAGCGCUGGUCUGGAUGCUACCGAGGUCCUCAGUAGACUUUACACCGCUCAUCACAAAAAAGAUGACUGGACGAUUGGAGUUGACAUUGAGAACGAGGACAACACAGGAACACUCGAUGCGAAAGAUGAGGGCAUUUUAGAUCUUAUGAUUGCAAAGAGUUGGGCAAUCAAGCUCGCCAAUGAGGCUGCAAGGACUGUGCUGUCCGUAGAUCAGAUUAUCGUUGCUCGAGCGGCCGGUGGGCCGAAGCCUCCAGGGCCAAAUGCUAACUGGGAUGAAGACUAG